CGUUCAGGAGGGCGUCCACGACAGCGAUAAUCACCAGCCGGCAGCCUAGAAAACGGCCGGUGAUGAUGAGGCGCUAGACACGGACCGGAUGGCGGCGUGCCAGCAGCAGAACCAGGCAAGGAUGAGGAGAAGGAUGAGGCUGAAGCUGGAGCAGAGUCCGGACCAGGUGAAGCUGAAGCUGCUGCUGCAGCGGGCGAUGAGGAUGCUGCUGCUGCUGCAGCGGGCGAUGAGGACGCUGCUGAAGCUGCUGCUGCAGCGGGCGAUGAGGACGCUGCUGAAGCUGCUGCUGCAGCGGGCGAUGAGGAUGCUGAAGCUGCUGCUGCAGCGGGCGAUGAGGAUGCUGAAGCUGCUGCUGCAGCGGGCGAGGGGGGAGACACGGAGGUUGGACCAGGCGAAGGCGAAGCUGAAGAGGAGGCCACUGCAGGCGAAGACAAAGCUGAAGAGGAGGCCACUGCAGGCGAAGACAAAGCUGAAGAGGAGGCCACUGCAGGUGAUGCCGAUGAGGCUGAGGCGGAGGCUGGAUCAGGCGAUGCCGAUGAGGCUGAGGCGGAGGCUGGAUCAGGCGAAGCGGAUGAGGCUGAGGCGGAGGCUGCUGCAGGCGAAGCGGAUGAGGCUGAGGUGGAGGCUGCUGCAGGCGAAGCGGAUGAGGCGGAGGCGGAGGCUGCUGCAGGCGAAGCGGAUGCGGAUGAGGAGGCUGCGGCUGCUGCAGGCGAAGCGGAUGCGGAGGCUGCUGCAGGCGAAGCGGAUGAGGAGGCUGCUGCAGGCGAAGCGGAUGAGGAGGUUGCGGCUGCUGCAGGCGUGGAUGAGGCUGCUGCGGCUGCUGCAGGCGUGGAUGAAGCUGCUGCAGGCGUGGAUGAAGCUGCUGCAGGCGUGGAUGAAGCAGAUGAGGAGGCUGCUGCAGGCGGCAUGGAUGAAGCUGCUGCUGCAGGCUGCGCUGAAGCAGAUGAGGAGGCUGCUGCUGGCGGCGUGGAAGAAGCUGCAGCUGGCGAGGAUGAUGAGGCUACAGCUGGUGGCUGGAUGGGCUCCUCGGGCCCUCCAGCUGGCGAGGCAGGAGGCUGGACGGGCUCUAAACUAGCCAGCUGUUGAGGAACGAUUACAUUUUUAACGUGUUUGUCUCUCUGCAAAAAAUACAUACUAGAAAAAGAGUCCAAAAUGGGAGGCACAGACACAGCCUCCCGUAUAGAGGGAGUCGGUGAAG